AUGGGUCGUCCGCGGGUGGUGACGUCAUCACUGUUGGCCGCGAAGGCAGCAGUGCAGUCGGACCCUGCGGACUCGCAACUCUCUUCCGGGCCGCGAUUUGCUACGGGAGCCCGGAAGGGCCAGGCCCGUAGCUCCGCCCCUGAAGUCGCUCAGCCCGGGCGCUUGGGGCUAGGGGAAGCGGCUCCCUGAUUUACUUAGCAGUCUGUCGCGGAGCACCAUGCAGGCGUCCCGGUACAGCAUCCAAGCCGAGCCAAGCUGGUAUGUCUCUGCCCAACAGCCAGAGGAGGCGGUGGCUGCAGAAGAGUGGAGUCCGUUGCUAAGCAACGAACCUCGCAGGCAGGGAUCCCCCGGUGCUUCGUUUGGUCUCUCCGUCUUUAAUGUGAUGAACGCCAUCAUGGGGAGCGGUAUCCUUGGCCUGGCUUAUGUGAUGGCUAGCACCGGUAUCCUUGGAUUUAGUUUCCUGCUGCUGUUAGUUGCUCUCCUGGCUUCUUACUCAGUCCAUCUCCUGCUUGCCAUGUGCAUCCACACAGCCGUGACGUCUUAUGAGGAUCUCGGGCUCUUCGCUUUUGGAUUACCUGGAAAGGUGGUGGUGGCAGGCACCAUAAUAAUUCAGAAUAUUGGAGCUAUGUCAUCUUAUCUUUUAAUUAUUAAAACAGAGCUUCCUGCUGCUAUUUCAGAAUUUUUGCCUAGUGACCACAGUGGGUCUUGGUAUCUGGAUGGACAGGUGCUGCUAAUCAUCAUCUGUGUAGGCAUCGUGUUCCCUCUCUCACUGCUUCCCAGAAUAGGCUUUCUUGGCUACACAAGCAGUCUAUCAUUUUUCUUUAUGGUGUUCUUUGCUCUUGUGGUAGUAAUUAAAAAGUGGGCCAUUCCUUGUCCUGUGACCUUAAAUUGCAACAAUGCAGUCUUUCAGAUUUCAAACGCAGCAGAUGACUGUAAACCGAAGCUCUUUCAUUUCUCCAAAGAGAGUGUUUAUGCCAUACCAACCAUGGCUUUUUCAUUUCUCUGCCAUACCUCAGUAUUGCCUAUAUACUGUGAGCUUCAAAGCCCUUCAAAGAAAAGGAUGCAGAAUGUGACCAACACAGCGAUUGCAUUGAGCUUCCUGGUUUACUUUGUGUCUGCACUCUUUGGCUACCUCACUUUUUAUGACAAAGUGGAGUCAGAAUUGCUACAAGGUUAUAGUAAAUACUUGCCACAUGAUGUUAUUGUCAUGGCUGUGAAGUUAUGCAUACUAUUCGCUGUGCUUCUGACAGUCCCUCUAAUCCACUUCCCUGCCAGAAAAGCUUUAAUGAUGGUGCUUUUCUCCAAUUAUCCCUUUUCCUGGAUUCGGCAUUCCCUGACCACAGCAGCGCUCAACGUCAUCAUCGUUGUGCUUGCGAUAUAUGUUCCUGACAUUAGAAAUGUAUUUGGUGUAGUUGGCGCCAGCACAUCGACAUGCCUGAUUUUUGUGUUCCCAGGGUUAUUUUAUCUUAAACUCAGCCGAGAGGAUUUUCUCUCCUGGAAGAAGCUUGGGGCUUCGUUCCUGCUCAUCACAGGUGCUGUGGUUGGAAGCUUCAGUUUAGUGCUCAUCAUUUUUGACUGGGUCAACAAAUGAAAAAAAAUGUUUUACUAUGAAAAAUAACUUACCUCUAUAAACAGGAAGGGAUCAUGAUGGAAGGCGCCAUAUAUGAAAAUUACACUCUCAGGGAAAUUGUUAACAGGAAAGCAGGGCAGAGCGGCAGUAAGAAUUUAGUCAUUUUAAUUUUAACCAAAAUCAGAAAUACUCAAAAUACUUGAAAUGUUCUUAAAUCCGCAGACUCACUCUUUUGUUUGGAAGUUUUAUGUUCUGUUUUUUAUUUUGUGUUUGAGGCAGAACCUAGCUGUGUAGACCAGGCUGGCCUUGAACUCACAGCAAUCUGCUGUUGGGAAUUGGUUCUAAUGCUUUGUCUUAAUUUGGUUCCCAAAGCUGAGCUUCCAGGCCUGAGGGUCCCUGUCCUCUGCUGGCUUCAAUUGAUAAGAAAGAAUUGCUGUUCAGCCAAUGGCUGGGCAGAAAGAUGGAGGUGGGACUUUUAGCUUGCAGGACAAGGGACUGAGAGGAGAGCCAGGAGAGGAGAAUCACCAUGCCUGGGAGGGAGAGAGGUCAGGUUUAACAGCUGAGGAGAAAAUCACCCAGCAAUGUAGGUGGAAAGCGGCCGUGGGGGUGGGGUGGGCUGCCCAAUAAGUAAUAGAGCAGCAAAGAUAAAAUACAGAUUUAGAAGGUGUUAAGCCAGAAAUAACAGAGUGAAAUGUACGCUAGCCUUGGAGAGGACUAGAAAUGCCCAACCACUGAGCUAGUUAAGGCAUAUCAAAAUUAGCUGGAAUGUAGACUCUUUCGAAAAUCCAGAAACCUGCCAGGAGCCAACUCAGGUUAACCAAUCACUGUUACAAACUGCCUGCUGCUGCUCCUGCCAAGUGCUGGGGUUAGGAACUGUGCCACCCUCUUGGCAUGUGCCUGGCAUUUGUGACUCAAAAAUAAAAUAAGUAGCCUUUAUUUUUUUUAGAGUAGUUUUACAUUUCCAUAUAUAUUGGGCAAAAUAUUGAGCAAAUAAAAUGAGAGAUUCCAUGUUACUCCAUACUCCAACUCUGUAGCCUUCCCUGCUAUGAAUGCUUUGUAUUGUCGGAGUAGCAAGUGUUACACCCAGGGAUGCUAAAGUCCGUGGUUGGCAUUAGGGUUUAUCCUUGGCCACCAUUGAUCUUCCUACCAGAAUGCCAUGGUUGGGAUCAUGUAGGACUGAGUGUCAUUUUCAGACUGACUUCAUUGAUUUAAUAGCUCGUUUCCUUUCAGUACUGAGUAAUGUCCCAUUAUAUGGAUGUCUCAUGUUUGUUGAUCCACUCAUCUCAUGAAAGAUUUUUCUACUACUUCCAGGUUUUGCCAGCCAUCAAUAAAGGUGCUAAAAAUGUU